ACAGUUAGUCAUUGCUUAUGAAAUGAUUGUUUACAUCGACAGUCAAAUGACAACAACAACAGGACAUUGAGUGAAGAGACAAAUACAAGACAUCAGUUGUUGCCAGACAUGACAUCAUCGCUGAUAUCAACUGUUACGAUGUCUGCGGCCGGCAUCGAGUCGCUGCCCAACGAAAUUCUUGAGGCCAUAGUGACCAACAAGUGUCUAACGGCCGUCGACUUGUGUCGGCUCAGUUGUACUGCCAAACGCUUCCAGUUGUUGAUUGCCGGCAACGGCGAACUCUGGCGCCGAAAGUUUGUUCAUCAGUGGCCACUAUUGUGGCGAAACGGUUUGACUCGACGGUUACUAUCGCAGGUCACCGAUUGGCAAGGUUUGGUGGCCGACAGGUACGCCUGCGGUCGACACGUUCAACAAGAAGUGGCUAAACUGGCCGACAGUCACUAUUUUGAUGAAGAAUUGUCUAACGAAUCGUUCAAAGCGUUUGUUGACUACCAAUACGAGUUGACAACCGAUGAUAAUCAUCGACAAAAUCGUUGUCCAGAGUUAACCACCGAUUUGAUACAUUUGUUUCAAAUGGACGAACUGGAGUGUCUGUUACGGAACGGCUCGGAACGCAAGAAUCUGACCAUCAAAUACUAUGCGCUGAAAGUGUUGCGAUUUUUGCGACACGAGUUACUUCGUCGACAAUGGUUAGACUAUUUAGCCAACGAUAGCGGCCACCAAUCGGUAGAUGACUUUUUCAACGGAGCACUGAUGAUAUCGUCAUGGUUUCAGAUGAAUAGGUCAAUAGAUGAAGAACAUUAUCGACGACAAGUUGAACUGAUUGCACAGUUAACUAUCGAUGAACUUGCGGUUAAUUAUCCUUCAAAUGCCAUUGUCCAUCAAAAUGCGGCCAAAUGUUUGCCAGAUUCGGAAGCACAGCAACUGACUGAAUCCAAGUGGUCGGCCAAAGACUGUCGUCAGAUUAUGCAAUCACUGAACGAAGUAAUGUUCAAUCAGUUGCAUUUCAUGACCAACGACGACGACUACUACGAAAUGAACAAUUCAUUUAUGGAUCAAGUAAUCGAUAGACGACUUGGUAUUCCCAUAACAUAUUGCAUAUUAUAUCAUACGAUAUGCGCUAAACUCGGUGUUAAGACAUUUGGUGUCAACUUUCCCCAUCAUUUCAUUCUUAAGUGGAAACAAUACAACGAUGACGAAUCGCACGACUCGUAUCGAUGGAUAUAUAUCGAUGUCUACAACGGUGGCCAACAAUUGACGUCUCGGUCGCCACUUCUGGCCAAUCAUAGCGACGAAGACAUUGAUCGAGUGGGCGUUUGUUCUCUACGCGACGUGUUUUGUCGAAUGUGUCGCAAUCUUGUCGAGAUUGGCCGCCAACAGGAGAUCUCAUCGGAUGGACUGAUCUGUUUGCGCAAUGCUCUUGAAUUGCUAUGCAUUUUGUCUCCGGAAGAAAACGAAUCACAACUGCUUCUGUCACGAGUAUACUUGCAUUUGAAUAUAAACUUAGAACUUGUUAACGAUAUGUUGGCCAAAAUCAGCGAACGAGAUCCGAACUCGAUCGGUGUGGUAAUGUUUUUACGACAAUCGGUGACCAGUCAACUGUCGGCCAAACGAAAUACUAGUGCCAACAAUAAUAAUAAUCGCAAGUCAGCUGUAAAGCAUCGCAAUGUCAACAAUGACAUCAAGUAUGCCAUCGGAAUGAUUAUGUUGCACAAGAAAUAUAACUACCGGUGCGUUAUUUACGGUUGGGAUUCUAAAUGUGCGGCCAGUCGGGAUUGGAUCUAUCAGAUGGGUGUCUAUCGGUUGCCCAACAAAGACAAACAACCGUUUUAUAAUGUACUGGUCGACGAUGGAUCCACUAGAUAUGCGGCACAAGAGAAUCUGGAACCGUGUGGACAGUCCGAUGAGAUCAAACAUCUGGAGAUUGGCAAAUAUUUUCAAGAGUUUGCCGAAACUCAUUAUAUACCCAAUGAACAGAAAGCUGGAGAAUAUCCCGACGACGACGAGACACUCAUACUUAUGCUAAGAGAGAGUCUAUAA